UUGUGAUUUUCAAUUUAUAUCUUCGUUUAUAUCUUUUAUUUCUUGCAGCCGUUUUCCGAGCGUUGAUUGUCUUCAAAGAUUCCGUUAAAUCCUUAAAGCUUAUUGAAAUCACAUUUUGCAUGCACAUAUCAAAUCUAAACUCGAACAACGUCGUUUCUCUUUAGAUAAAGGAUCUCCCACCCCCCGCAAAAAAAAAAAAGAGUCACCCACAAUUUCAUAACCUCGUACUUCUGUUUCAUAUCCUAGUUUAAUUUUAAAAUCCUUUUGUUGUAAAUCGAUGAGAGACAAAUUUUUUCAAAGCUGCUCAUGUUACAUUCAAAUACAACUUGGAUUUACACAGGUUUUGAACCGGAGACAGCCAAGGGUGCAGGUCUAUCUAACAAACUGUUCAAGCAAUAGUGGGAAAAUUCACACAAACUUUAGAACGUAUGCUCAUCUGUUGCAGAAUUCUAUCCCUUCAAGAUCUUUGGGAAGCCAUACCCAUUUCAAUGCUAAUAGUUAUAUGAGCUACCUGAAACGUUUGAUCCACUAUAAUGGUCAUGCUACGGAUGCGCGCCAUAUGUUUGACAAAACUCCCCAACGAGAUGAAGUAUCUUACUGGAAUCGAUUAAUCCAAUCAUGUGCCAAAAGUGGAAAUUUAAAGACUGCUCAUCAAUUGUUUGACAAAAUGCCCACUCGAAAUGUGGUAUCUUGGAACGCUAUGAUUUCUGGGUAUGAUCAAUAUGGGUUAAAGGAGAAGGUCCUGAAUUUAUUCUGCCAGAUGGUACAUUCUGGCGUUAAGCCGGAUCAAUUUACAUUUCCUAGUACUCUUCGCUCUUGCGGCUUCCUCUCUGCCUUGAAUCCAGGAAAACAGUUGCAUGGAUACAUUAUUAGAACUGGUUUUGAAUCUAAUGCCUUUGUUGGUAGUGCACUUAUAGAUCUAUAUGCAAAAUGUGAAAAAACAGGAGAUGCGCGCCGAGUGUUUGACGAAAUGCCUGAGCGAGAUACAGUCUUGUGGACUACAAUGAUUGGAGUAUAUGCGCAAAAUCAAUUUGCCGAGGAGUCCCUGAAACUGUUUUGUAAAAUGCAGAAAGAAGAUAUGAAGCAAGAUAGCAUUAUCCUAUUGACAGUCUUGAUUGCCUGUGGGAGUUUGGCAGCUUUGGCACAGGGUAAAAUGGUGCAUGCUCAAGUUAUCAAGGCUGGAUUUCAUACAAAUUACAUUGUUGGGAAUGCCAUCGUAGAUAUGUACGCGAAAUGUGCAGCCAUGAAAGAUGCUCAUCGAAUGUUUGAUAGAAUGUCUGAAAGGGAUGUUGUGUCAUGGACUGCGAUGAUUGUGGGGUAUAUUCAGAAUGGUUAUUGUGAGGAAGCUCUAAAAUUAUUCCAGAAAUUGCUGUGGACAGACGUUAAGCCCAAUAGAUUCACUUUUGCAAGUACCUUAAGUGCUUGCGCGAACUUAGCAAUGUUAGAAUUGGGAAAGCAGCUGCAUGCCCAUAUCGUUGGAGUUGGAUAUGAGUCAGUUUUGAGCGUGGAAAGCUCUCUCAUCAGUAUGUAUGCCAAAUGUGGAAGUAUAGAUGAUGCAGCUCUUGUCUUCAAUCAAAUAGCUUCUAAAGAUUUGAUCUCAUGGAAUGCUAUGAUUGCUGGUUAUGCCAUUAAUGGGAAUGGCAAGGAGGCUUUCCAACUCUUUAAAUUGAUGAUAGAGGCAGACAUGAAUCCAGACCGAAUCACUUUCUUAAAUGUUCUCUCUGCAUGCAGCCAUGCAGGACUAGUGAAUGAGGGAUGUCUUUGUUUUGAGUUAAUGAGAAGGGAAUAUAUUAAUUUAGUAACAACUAAUCACUAUGCGUGUAUGAUUGACCUUCUGGGCCGUGCUGGACAACUAAGUGAAGCUGAAAACAUUGUCAACAACAUGCAUAUUAAACCUGACGCUUUGGUGUGGAAAGCAUUACUUCAUGCCUGCAGAAUUCAUGCCAAUGUGGAGCUGGGAGAACGUGCAGCGGAACACCUUCUUCAAUGUGAACCGGAGGAACCCUCAAACUAUGUGCUGUUGUCAAACGUAUAUGCUGCAGCCAAUAGGUGGCCAGAUGCAGCAAAGGCAAGGAAACUGAUGAAGGACAGGGGACUGAAAACGCAGCGAGGGUGCAGUUGGAUUCAUGUGAAAAACAGGCUCUAUGCAUUUGUUGCUGAAAACACAUCGCACCCAUUAUCAGAGGAAAUCUAUGCAAUGGUAUAGAGAGCAGGCUUUGUGCUUGGCACAUGUUUUGUUACGUGAUGUUGAGGAAAAAGUCAAGGAAUAGAGAUUUUGCUAUCACAGUGAAAUGUAGCCUCUGCAUUUGGGCUUAUCAGUAUACUUCCUGGAAUGCUCAUUAAUUUUUUCAUAAGCCUGAGUGAGUACGUCUAUUGUCACACAGCUAUCAAUUUCACCUACAAAAUUAGUUGUCGACAAAUUAUUGUAAGGGACAGCAAACACAUUCAUCGUUUCAAUUACAGGCCAAGUUUUUUUGGAUUGCAGCUCGAAUCAGCCACCAGGUUCAGGAUUUUUACAGAGCAUUCAUGUAUCUUGCUUUUGUCAGUGCUUUUAAUGGGCUUCAAAUUAAAAUCUUGAGCACUGCUUGUUUCGUUUUAUCACUUAAAAAUUUGCAAAGGUCAGUUCUGAGUUCAUCUUCGUUGUGAGGCAUGGUUUGGGCAUGCUUUUCUAUUAUCUAAGUCAAAGCUUGAAGAUAAAUUUAGGGUUCCUUUUUUUCUUUUAUUUAGUAUUUUUUGUUUCAGGAUGGAAAUGGCUGUUAAGCCUCCAUUGCUUUUACCAGUGAUGUUGGAGAAAGUUUGCAUUUUAAGUAAAUGUCGCUUUCCAAGAUGGUGAUGUUAAGAUUAGGAACUCUAAAAGACCAUGGUUGGCACAUCCCACCUAAGUUGUAAGGUUGCUUUACCUUAUGAAGCAAAUUGUCCUUGGUACCUUACCUUACGAAGAAAAUUGGUCUAUCUGUUGUUUUGAACUGCUCACAUUGUCAAAGUUCCUUCAUCUUCUGAAAAAACUGUUCCAGGCACCUUUAAUUUUGAAGAAAAUUGUUUGAGCUGUUGCAUUGGGUUGUAUUCAUUUUGGUUUUUGCUGAAUCAAUUGCUGUAUGAUAGAGUAUGCAUAUUUCUGUACACUUGACCAUUGGAGUGAAUGGCCCUGCUUUUCACAAUGCUUGCAGCUGCAUUUCUCAGUUUUAGUUCCACUAUAUUGUAAUGUGUGUUUGUUGUCAUGGUAUUGGUUAUAAUUGGAGGGAGAUGCUGUACUGCUGUGGGUCAUUACAAAAGAUGGCAAUCUAAACCCUGGCAUGAAGGAUUGUGGAUGGACGAUUUUUGGAUGAGGUACAUUACUAAGCUACUGCAGUUCCAUGAACCUCAGCUGCCCCAAGCCAAAAGGCUGGAUGAGAAAAUUAAAGAGCUCAUUGCUAGCUAGAUUGUCAAAGUAGAAUUGCCACAUAUAUUACUAUGGCACUGAGGCUAUACUGUCUCAUGGCAUUAUUUAGCAAAGCAUGUUGGUUCCUUUCUACUGGCAUCUUUCACAAAAAUGUAUCAAUAAAUUAAUUUCCAAGAUGUUAGCAAAGCACUUAAAAGAUUUAGCUAAAGAGUGUUUAAAAUAUCAAAAAGUUUUCGAUGGCUUAAAGAUGUUGAGGGAGACUCCAGAAAGUCUGUGGGUAGAUAAGAAGGAAUCCAUUGCAAAAGAAAAAGAACUAAUCGUGCAAGGCAUCCAAGAUGGGGAAAUAGUAGCUGUCAAGACUUGAUUCAAUUUUUGGUGAGGACAAAGAUGCCUGAGUGUGUAAGUGUGAAUUGUUUGGACCCUGAAAAGCAUUGCAAGAUGUUGGAAAAUGACAGCAGUGUCACUCAUCAGUAUCUUGAUCCACCUCUCUUUGACUUGCGCUGAACAAAAUGACAAAGCUUGCAUUUCUGAUGAUUUUUUUUUCUCCUCAAAGAGUGAAAGAUUCCUUCGAGGUGUACUCUCAAGCAAGGAAAAUCAUUUAUAUUGUUGACGAUUCCAAAACAGGCCCGAUCCUGAGCCAAGCAACCAAUAAAAUUUUCUAUUCUCUCAAAACUAAAUUGGAAAACAGUCUUUUUACCAACGAAACUUCUAAAUCUGUAGCUCAGCAAUAAAUGAGCUUGCAAAAAAAAGAAAAGAAAAAAAGAACAAACGCCACCUGUAAUCUACGAAAGGAAGGCUGAAGAAACUGAGGAUUUGGAGACAACUGUAGUCUGUUGGGUCAGAGCAAGAGGCAAUGAUUUCAUAGAUUGGAAAGCAGCAGCAACAGUUAAUACCAUCUAUAGAUUAUGCAACUCAGAAUGGGAAGUGGGUUGAUGUGCUUGCUUUGGAGAAGGAGUGGCAUAGGGAUAAUGGGUGGCCAAGGUCUAAAUACUUCAAGGGCUUUUUUCGUCUGCAGAAGAAGAAAGUAGAGAUGCCUAACCAGAAAGCCUCUCAGGAUUCAUCUGCAAAUUUUCAGAGAAAUGGGGGGUCUGGAAAUAACCCUAGAAUCAUUGUAGGUUAUGGCAAGGUGGUUGUUGAAAAUUCCGCAGGGGUUUUACGGCCAUCUUUGGCAACUCCAGCCGUUCUUGAUAAGGACAAGCCUUUGGGUAAGGAGAACUCGGUGGAUAAGGUAUGGUUGCCGAUACCUUCUAUUUCUGCGGUUGAAGCCCCAUUUGACAAAAAAACUAGGGAUUUGUAUUCUUUGGCCGUAUUAAUUCAGGUUUGGGUUGAUAAUAUUUUGCUCUCAAAGCUUCAUCAUAAGAUUCAUUCGCUCUGGUAUGGUACGCUUUACUUUCAAGUUCUUUCUUCGAGCUCUUUCACUAUUAUCUUUGAUUUUGAGGAUGCUAAACAACAGGCUCUGGCAAAGCUGUUCUUUUGGUUUGGUUGUAAUUUAUUUUUUGUUGAAAAAUGGAAACCUCUUUUUUCUGCUUCUCAGGAUAUUGUUAAAACUAUCCCUACUUGGUUUUUGCUACCUGGGCUUCCAUAUGAAUUUUCUGACCCUGAUAUUUUACAAAGAAUUGGGGAUUCCUUUGGAAAGUUUAUUCAUUCGCAUUCGGCAUUUGAGGAUGGGGUUUUUAGGGUUAAGAUUUGUGUGUUACUUACCUCAUCCUCUGUGGUUCCUUGCAAUUGUAAUUUAAAAUCUAUUGAUGGGAUUUGGUGGUAGAGCAUCGUUCAUGAUUCUGAAUGGUUUGUUAAGUGCUCUGUGGUUAUGGAUUCUUCUUUAUUUACUACCCUUAAAGGAUUGUUGUUUGGUGAUAAGGUGGUUUGGCCCUCAAAGUCUGCUAAUAUAAAUGUUGAUAACCUAGAUUCUUCUGUCAGACAUGAAAAUUGAAGGCACAUUGUUUCUCACCUUAUGUGUCUGUCAAAGUCAAAUAAUCCUAUUGGGGUUUCUAAUAUGGAGAAUGUUGUCCCUCUUGGGGAUGCAUCUCUCCUUGUGGAGGAUGUGCAGAAAGAUAAGAGUCUUAUGGGAAUAGAUUCUCCUUUAGGGCUUCAUAAUGAGGGGGGUUUGGUUAUGAAUUCUGCUAAAUUUGUUCAAGGGCUUGAGGGUGGAUUGCCUCAGGGGGAGUUACACCCUUUGGUUCAUGGGUUUGACUUGCCUUCUUUCAUUCCUGAUGAGAGUUUAAUUUCUCAAGUCUAGAGGCUGGUUUUUGAGCAUAAUAUUACUUUGAAUAAUGAUGUUACUGAUAAGGUGGUAGAUGCGAUUGAUCAGGACUUGGUUAAUUUGAAUUCCUCCUUAGUUAUCCCUUCGACUUGAAAUCCUUUUGAAAUUUUCUCUCCAGAUAAAGCUCUGGAUUGUGAGAAUGCCUUGUGUUUUGUUAAUAAAGUUGAAUUUGAUCCUGCAAUUAACAAACCUUUGGUUCAAAUUCCUUUGUCUCCCUUCUCCCCAUUACCCUCUCCUGUGCAACGAGGUAGGAAGCCAAAGGCGUUUCAUACGCAAUUGGAAAUAGAUGCUGGCAUUCAGUCUACGCUUUUGAGCCCAGGCUCUGGUUCUAUGAAAAGGAAAAUAAAGUUUAGUCCUCCUUUUACAAGGUCGGUUGCUUCCAAACAUAUUCUUCAGGCAUCUUUUGGGGUGGACAUAGUUGGUUUUGGUGAUUCUAUUGAAAAGAGGGGAGAGAAUGCCUCCUCUCGACGACAAUGAAGGUCGUUUCUUGGAAUGUUAGGGGCUUAAACGCCCCUAACAAGAGACGCUUGAUUAAGUCGCAGUUGGACUUAAUGAAGUGCGAUGUGCUUAUGUUGCAAGAAACUAAAUUAAGUCUGUAUGGUGCUGAAUUUUUGUUUCCUAAUUGGAAAACUUGGAAAUUUUGUGUUUCCCCCUCUGCGGAGGCUUUUGAGGUUUAGCUUUUCUUUGGAAUGAUGUUUCUACUGAAUUAUCUCUAGUUGUCUCUGCCCCUUUCUGGAUGUUGGCGUUGGUAAAAAGAAGGGUUUCUAAUAUUAAAUUCUGGUUAUUUAAUGUUAAUGGUCCAAUGUCUAUCUUGGGGAAAAGAGCCCUCUGGGAUUCUUUAACUGUUGCUUCUUCCCUCCUUCAGGGACAACUUGGUGGAGAUUUUAAUGCUAUUUCUUGUGAGGAUGAUAAAAUUGGGGGCAUUUUACCAAAUAAACGUGUUGUGGUUGAUUUUACUACUUUCAUUCAAAAUAAUGGUUUGUUGGAUUGUCAAACUUUGAAUGGUCUUUUUACUUGGAUAAAUAUGAGGAAAGUUUUUUCACAGAUUGCUGAAAGACUUGAUUGGUCUUUUAUUUCCGAUAAUUGGAUCUCUUCAGAUGUGGAUGUUGUUGCUAUGGUUUUGCCCAAUUCAGACUCUGAUCAUUUUCCAAUCUUGUUGUCUUUUUUGGAUGAUAGGGCUUCUGGAAAAUCUUCGUUUAAAUUUGAGCCUAUGUGGUUUAGAGAUCCUUCUUUUCUGAUGCUCUUGGAAUCGUGGUGGGCCUCGGCCCCUUUUAUGUCUGAAACUAGAAUGUUUCGCUUCGUCAAAAAACUUUCCUUUAUUAAAGAAAAGAUUUAAGUC